CUCCCGCCCUCUCCUCCUCCUCUCCUUCCCUCCUCUUCACACACUCUUCUCUCUUCUUCACAACUAUAAGAAGCUUCUCUCUUCUAGGCGAAACAUCUCUUCAUCAUGAACAGAAUAUCAUCACAUCCUGAAUAUUUCUAUAUUCCCUCCCGAGAUGCUUCCCAUUUUCAUCAUACUAGCGAUGAGUUCCUUUCCACAUUUUCCUUUCCGUUCCUGUAGCCACCGCGUUCCAUUUCCCAUCAUUUUCCUCUGCAUCUCAAUUUGCAACGCCUGGAACUGCGUUAUUCUUCAUUUCUUCACGCGACGACUGAAAUCGGUGGCUCCGGAAGGAUAUUCUGAGUAUUUAGCGCUAACCACGACACUCAUCAGCUGGACAAAUCUCAUUUCCGGCCGGAUCCGAAACAUGGGCUUCAAUCUUCCUCUCUGAGGCGCAUGUGACGCGGUGCUCCCCGGAGACGUCAGAGAGUAGCUUAUACCCUCUGGGUAGCAUUCUCAUAUGACGGCGAUGCACCGGUCAUGGCACGAUUAUGCCAAACCAGCAAAUAAUUCUUGGUUCUCCCCAUGAGAUGUUGCUGUGUUUGGCGUGCUAGCGUCUUUCGAGAUGCCUUGCGUUUUCAGAGAAGAUAGGGGAGCGAAGCCUGCUCUUGCGAGAGCACAUGUCAAGCGGACUGGUGUCUGCGUGCAGAUUCAGAAGACUGGUGAGUGCCGGUGGUGAAGGCUGCUAAUUACUCAUUGAUAGACCGGCAAUUUACCUAGAGCG